AUGAGAUCGGCCUGGGUCACUUCUUUCGAAAAGGAGCGUCUGUGGAUGUACCUGCAGGCGCUCGGCUUCGAGCCUUGUCUGGCGACCAUAGCCUGCGGAAAUACCGUGUCACACACGCACUUCGGAGUGAACAUGUUUGACAAGCUGAACCGUGAUGCCUUUCACAUAGUUUCUUAUUUUUUGUUUCAAACACUUGACAAGUCUCUCACCAAAGAAGUUUUCAAACAUUGUUGGCCUCCAUUUGAUCAAAAACGUGAUGUUGAAUUCCGAAAACUUUUCUGUGAAUGGUUGAAAAAGAUUUCUGCCGAGUGUGGAAGUAGCUUUCCUCAAGUUGUUGGUUCACUAUUUCUAUUUCCGGUUGGUCCUAAGUUUAUUCAUGUAAUGUAUCACUUUGCAAGAUUUGUUGCAGUAAAAUAUAUAAAAACCCAUUCUAAAAAUUCUUCUAUACGUUUUACAGAGACAUUUAAUGUAAAACCACAAGAUUUGCACAUAUGCCUUGCCAGAUGCCUUGUAGCACGUAAUAGAUUUUUACAAGUUUUGCAAAGAGAAGAUUGUGUUACCCAAAAAUAUCAAGAAAAUGCACAAUUAUCAGUUAAACAGGUACGAAAUUUGAGAUCAGAAUAUAUGGGACUGCAAAACCAAAUAAAAAAAAUGGAACCCUGUGAUGACCAAAGUAAUAUACAAGAGAAAAUUCAAAAGGUUCGGUCUUUGUGGACUUCAGUGAAUGAAACACUUAUAUUUUUGGAAAAAGAGAGAGAAGUUGUUAGUUCAGUCCUUAGUCUUGAUAACAAUUAUACUUUAGAUGGAACUAACAUUGCUAUCAAUAUUCCGAGCCUCUUACUUGAUAAAAUUGAGAAACAAAUGUGUCAGUUACACAUAGGAAAUAUUUAUGAGGCUGGAAAAUUGAACAUCUUAACAGUUUUUUGGUUAUUAAAUGAAGUCUUGAAAGUAAUGAAAUAUGAAUGUUGUCAGACUGACCAAGCAAGACUGACAGUAGACCUUCACUUCCUUGAAAAAGAGACCAGAUUUCAGAGAGAAAGACUGUCAGAUCUGAAGCAUAUGAGUAUAAUUAAGAGUUCUACUCCAGCUGUGGAUCUUUUACCGCCUAUGUCUCCACUUUCGUUUGAUCCUGCCUCAGAGGAAGCAUAUGCGAGGAGCAUUCUUUUACAGUAUCCUGCUUCACUUCCAGUUACACCUAAGCAACAUAUCCAGGAAAAUAAUUGCAGAAGAGCAAGUGAUACACUGGAAACUAAAUCUGAUCCAGCCAACAGCCCUGCUUCUUUCCUGUUACAGCCGGUUCCACCAUUAGGUGGAGACAUUGUUACAUUACUUGAAAAGGACACGAAGUUGAUAACUAUUAGAGAGAAAAAUGAAACAGUUCCUAAGAAAACACUAGAAUUUAAAGUGGAAGACUCUUCAUCAUCAAAUAUUGCAAAGAAUACUGAUAGUAGUGCAUGUGGAGGGUCUCUGCCAGCUAAAAAAAGCAAUCCAUUCCAGAAAGAGCAAGAUCAUCUGGUAGAAGAGGUUGCAGGGGCAGUUUUAUCUAAUUCACCACAGCUCUCUGAAGGAAAAGAAGUAAAAUUAGAAGAACUAAUUGACUCUCUAAUUUCUAACCCGUUCUUAACAAGGAGUCAAAUUCCCCGAACUCCAGAAAACUUGAUAAGUGAAAUUCGGAGCUCAUGGAGAAAAGCUGUUGAUAUAGAAGAUAAUGGAAGUACAGAACCAAUGCAAGUGGAUACUGAACAUAGAGAAGAAUUGCCAGAAUCCUUACCUGUGGUGCAUAAUCAAAAAGAGUUUAGCAUGGCCAGUUUCUUGUCAGCAGCCACUGUGUCCGAUUCUAGUCAUUCUCAUCUGCCUGAAGAGAAAGUUGUUUCAGAUUGCCUCAGGUGUGUGCCUCAGAAACCCGUGGUGACCACUUGCAUAGGUGAACCAGCAACACAAAAUCCAUCAGAUUUGUUAAAUAAGGACAUAAUUUGUAUGCAGGAUUUGGACUGUACAACUUUACAGAACAAACUUUUAGAAACUAGCCAAAUAGAGACAUUUUCCCCUGCUGUAGGCAAUAGAAGAAAUGUGUUAGGUAGCAGUGAAGAAGAUAAUAUUAAAAUAUCAGACCAGUCAAAAGCUUCUUACGAAGACUUUUCCAUGUAUAACAGUAUGUUAUGGAACUGUUUUCAGGUAUCAAGUGGAAUUAGUUCCAGUUUUAAAGAUGGUGAUUUUGGCAUAUUACAUGAAACUCUUCCAGAAGUUGGUCACAUAAGUCUUAUUAGCCCCAGUAGUACAGAGGCCACUUUUAAAUUGGAACCAAAUAGUCCUAUGCACAGUGGCAUUUUCACAGAUGUUGUGGGAGAAAAACAGACUACUCCAGAAUCAGACUUCAAUUUACAGGCUACUUGCAGUGGAUAUGAGGCUCUGAAGAAAUCUCCGUCCGAGCGAAGGGAAGAAAUUUACCUCUCUAAUCCUGAAAUACUUGAAAGACACAAACCAGAAUUGAGCCUUACUCCCCAAAAGAUGCAGACUGAUGAUAUGCUUAAUUUUUUGGGCAUUCAUGAUUUGCACAUUGACUAUACAAAACCAUCUUCACGCAUGUCCCUUGGUGAAAGAAAACGGUCUCUUUCACCACUAAUUAAGUUUUCUCCAGUGGAAGAAAGAUUGAAGACCGCAAUACCAUGUAACCUUGGAGAACUUCUACCUGAUUUAACAGAAGAAGAAAUCUUGAAUAAGAGCCUUGAUGCAAAAGUAUCUCCAUCUGACUCGACAAGAUGAAGCAGUAGCCCAGUCAGUUUAACUAUGAUGCACU